AUGGUGUCAAAGUCCAUGCGGUGCGCUGUCGAAGCAGCCGGAAAGGCAGUCGCACGCAUACGUGCAGCCAAAGAGGGUCCUUCUCUUGCUUUAGCAGCAGGUGAUCCUUCAUCUGCUGUUGCGAUCCAGCAACAGGCGGUGUCUGUUGUGAACAGUCCACGUGGUGAGUCACCACGUGCGACAAAUACAUCUUCUGCGUCUGCAGCGGGUACUGCGGCUCGCAAUGUAGAUGGGCCUGAAAUAGAGCUCAUGUAUUCUGGCGAGUCGGAUGGUGCAUCCGACUCGAAGAUGACACCUCAAGCCUCCGGAUCAUCCGGUGCGGACACUGCAAAAGCCAGGUUGGCUGGCUCUGAUGAACGUGGCAGCAUCAUGUCCGAGAUCUUCGGACCGAGCGAUUCCUCUGACGAAUCCUCACCUCACGCAAGUCCAUCCGAUGAUAGGACGCGUGGUGAUGGUGGUGAUGUCCCUAUGUAUCACCGCGAGAAAGGCAACUCGAGAGAUCGAGCUGCCGCUGGUGUCAGUGCUCAUGCUGAAACCACUCAAGAGGCCAGGGACCGAAACGUCCUGCGCCACGCUCCUCAAGUGGAGUCUCCUUGGAUGCCGUCAUUCAAAGAGUUAGAUCGAGUGGCCGGCAUGACUACCGAUCGGGAUCGAAUCCCGUUUCUCGGCUGUAGGAGGAAUUGUCCACCUAGUUCCAGCACGGAAACUAUCUGUGCUGAGGAAGAUUUCUUCAUCGAUGCAUUUUCAAUCAUCGGUGGUACAACGGCAACCGUGGUCGAGACAGUGACGUAA